AUGAAGCCCCUGGUGCUAGAGCCCGACGCCAGCAUGGGCAACCUGCUGCGCUGCGCAGAGGCGCAGCAGCAGAAGAGCUGCGAUGAGGAUUUGGGUGGCUGCGGCUCGCCCAACCCCGUCAACCACUUCCUGGAGGGCACGCCGCCGCGGGUGUUCACGCUGCAGGUGGCCUGGGAGUCGCACAGCGAGGGGCCAGACGUGAUUGCCUCCACGCUGGCGGCGUUGGACGAAGAGGUGGACCUGGGCGAGGUGUACCAGGGCGUACAGCCAGGCCUCUUCCGCUACCGCCUGCGCAGCAUGGUGUGCUACUACGGCCAGCACUACCAGGCGAUGGUGCUGGUGCCUGAUGCCGGCGGCUGGCUCAUGUUUGACGACUCGCGGGUCAGCGGCGUGGGCGGCUGGGCUGACGUGCGACACAAGUGCAAGGCGGGGCGCAUCCAGCCCAGCGUGCUCUUCUACGAGGCGGUGCAGGGCUGA